CGUUCUAUGUCCUUUUUUUUCCAUUUCAUUUCCUCUCUCUCAUACACACCAUUUAUUUUGUCUUUUUCUACCAAAAUCCAAAACGAAAACUUGUUGGGUAAGUUUCACACUCACACUCACACCACAACUACCACGCCUCUAGCCCACUACCAUUCUUUCCCACACACCACAUUGCUAUUUCCGGUUUCUUAUUCUAAACAGUAGAAAUUAAACAAAAACAACAAAAAAUAAAAUCCUCAUCAUUGUGCUACUCUUUAGUUUUCGCUCACGACAUUGCAACUCUCUCUCUCUCUCUGUUCCUUUGUAUCAGCAACAAUGCAGCAAAGCGACGCAGUUCACAAGGUUGAACCUUGUGAUAUAUGUGGUGAUGUUGGUUUUGCUGAAGUGAAUGUUACUUGCUCUAAAUGCAAGCUAACUCAUGAACAUAUUUACUGCAUGCGAAUUAAUCUCAUGGAAGUUCCAGAUGACUGGCUUUGUGAAGCAUGCCAAUCCAAAAAUGCCACAACUUCACCAUGUAAAGUGAACCAGGAUUUUGGCUUGCAGACUUCCAAAAGGCAACAAUCUUUUAAAACAGGCCGAGUUGGGAAAGUGAAGUACCUUCAUGAGGAUGAAGUUAUUAAACUUUCUAGUUUUAAUUUUUCCACAAAACCUUCUCAAGCAUGCUCUUCUUUGCCGAUGAUCAGGAAGGCUAUUCCUGGAAGCUCUACUUUGCCAUUGAGCAGAAGGGCAUCCAAAAGUGUUAUUCCAAAGAUUCCCACUAUGACUCUGAAACCAAAUCCUUGCAUAGCAUCUAUGGAACAUAGGAAGUUUCCAAGAAGUGGAGUUCAUAAAGAUCCAAUUACUGAUCAACAUGCUUCAUCAUCAAAAGGACCAAGAAAGGAGCAUAGACUUGUAUCUGAGGGACGAGUAGGUGCACCAAUACCUAAUAGAAGAGUUCAAACUCUUAAUCUUCUGACAGAAAAGCCUACCAAAGGGGCACUUUGUAAAGACUUAUUAGAAAGAAAAUCUUUACCUGUCGCUGUUUCAGGUGCUGUUGCUGAAUGUAACAAAAUUAAUCUGGAAAAAAGCAACAUUCAGAGUAUUCAUGAAAACUUCCAUCACGAUUAUAAAUAUUUACCCUCUUCAGUUUCUGCUUGGAGUGGUCAAUUCCAAAUUCUUCAAGCAGCUUUAUCUGGUGAAUUUUAUGACGGGUUUGAGGCCCAACCUCCAUGCAUUAUUCAUAGGAAAGCAUAUGAGCUUUCAAACAAAAUGCCCUCAGUCCUGCAACUGGAAUCACUGCCUGCUUUGAAUGGCUUGGCUGAUGCAUUCCAGGACUGUUCUCCCAGUCUUCAAGAUAUAGCAUUAUAUUUCUUUCCAUCAGAUAACAGUGAGAGAUCCAGAAAGAACUUAAAUAGCCUAUUUAAGUUUAUGAAUGCUGAAAACUCAAUGUUGAGAAGUUUUAUUGAUGGAGUUGAGUUGUUGGUCUUUACCUCGCAUCAGCUUAAUGAGGACUCAAGGGGUAUUAUUGCUGCAGUGAAUGAAGGAUAUUUCCUGUGGGGAGUUUUUCGCUCAAAAAAAGCUUCUAUUGCUAAUGAAAGAUUCACUGACAUGGAGCCUGUUGAUAUGGAUAUCGAUAUGAUGGGAGGAAAUGACGUGGUGGGAAGAAUUGAUCAUGUUCUGAAUGACAAUUCCAGUAAUCUCUCUCAGUUACCUUUGGAAGGAACACCUCUUCCGAGCACCACUUUUAAGAGGGUAGAAGAAAGGACCUUAAUCCCUUCAAGCAAUUUGAAUUUAUAUCGUGGGGACAAAUCAAUUUUGUCUGAAAAUCUUGAUAAGAAAAUAAAGUCUGAGCAUUCUUCUGACCCAUCCUCAUGGAGCCCUAUCAAGAAAUAUCAUAAAAUGUUAGACAUACUCGAUGCUCCACCAGGCUUUGAAGCUCAUGGACUUGGUGGGGUGAAACCCUCGAAUAUUAAGAGAUGGGAGAUAACUUGAACUAGAAUAAAAUUAGGUAUCGGUAUAUAAACUAUGGACAGAUUAUAUAUUUAGCUUGUUUGUGACUCAACUCAUUUCCCCAUACUAUGACGGGGAAUUUGCACAUGGCCUUAGAAUAGUAGGUUUUUGUUAGAAGCAGGAAUCGGACAAGGUAUCCUAAGAUUUACAACACGCAGAAACACCACAUACUAACCACUUGCACUAGCCUUCGGUGGUUAUUCAAACAGUAUAUGUGCAUAUGCUUAUUUUCUUCAUUUUUGGUAAUCAGUGUUUGAUAUUUCUUUCUAUUCUUGUUUCUUUCGCACAUGUUAUGUAAGGCGAACUUAACCCAAACACUAGAAUUAUGUUACCAAUUUGAGAGCAUCUCCAACGCGAUGCCUUUAAUAGGUAGCAGAAACUAAGCAACUUAUAUAUUCUUACUUGAACUUAA